AUGUGGCUUAUUUUUACUGGCUUUCUAUGUGCUGCUUAUGCUUUACAAAUUCCAAAGGGUUAUAAUCAAGAAUUAUUGAUUUUAGGUCUUAUUUAUCUUUAUUUCUCUUUAUUUUUGUUCUUUUGUUAUGUACCUACUACUAUCGUCACUAAGCCCUGGAGUUUCUGUCUGUCAAAAAUUAGAUCAUUUAUAUAUAGUAAUUUAAGUCCAAAGAUAAGAAAGAUUGUUUAUGGUUGUUUUGUAUUUGCUGUUAUUGUCGUAACUGUCUUUUCCAUGCCUGAAAAAGAAGAAUCCCCUCGUCUUCGUCGUCUUAUCUCUCUCUUUGGUUUACUUGUCUUUAUCUUGGGCACAUUUGCUGUGUCUAAACAUCAUAGAAAGGUUCAAUGGAAUACUGUAUCAACAGCCCUUCUUAUUCAAUUUUUAUUAGCUUUAUUCGUAUUCAAAACAAGUGCUGGUCAUGAUAUCUUUUCAUGGUUGGCUUCUUUUGCUGAAGGAUAUCUUAGAAAGGCGUGGUAUGGUGCACAAUUUGUAUUUGGUGAUGCUGCUGCAAAUUCAGGUGUCUUUGCUAUGAAUGUCUUCCCUGCUAUCAUCUUUUUUGCUUCUACUGUACAAAUGUUAUACUAUGUUGGUACCAUUCCUUGGCUUUUGAAAAAAUUAUCCGUUGUUUGUAUAUCUGUUUUAAAUAUUUCUGGUGCUGAAUCCAUUGUAGCCAUAGCUUCACCUUUUCUCGGUCAAAGUGAAAAUGCUUUAUUAAUUGAACCUUUAAUCCCCAAGUUAACAAAAUCUGAAAUCCAUCAAAUCUUAACAUGUGGUUUUGCUACUAUUUCAGGUUCAACUCUAUAUGGUUACAUCGCUAUGGGUAUCUCAGGUCAAGCUUUAUUAACAUCCUGUAUCAUGUCAAUCCCAUGUUCUAUCGCUAUUUCUAAAUUAAGAUAUCCCGAAUCUGAAGAGUCAGAGGUUGCCCAUAUUACUGACAUUCAUGUAGAAGAGGAUACAACCAAUAUCAUUCAUGCAGCUGGAAAGGGAGCAAGUAUUGGUGUUAAUAUCGUCUUUUUGAUUAUGGCAAAUUUGAUUUCCAUUUUAGCCAUCUUAUAUGCUGUCAAUUCAUUCUUGACUUGGCUUGGUAAUUUUAUCACCAUUCAAAAUUUAACACUUGAACUUAUUACUGGUUAUAUUUUUGUUCCUGUUGCUUGGCUUAUUGGUGCAGAUGAUAAGGAUUUAGUCCCUGUCGGUAGAUUAAUGGCUAUCAAGACUUGGGCUAAUGAAUUUGUUGCUUAUCAAGAAUUAACAACUACUUAUAAAGGUGUAUUGUCACCUCGUUCAGAAGUGGUUGCCAUUUAUGCUCUUUGUGGUUUCGCUAAUCUUGGUUCAGUUGGUAUGCAAGUAGGUAUUCUUAAUGCACUUGCACCCAAUAGAGCUGGUGAUAUUUCUAGUUUAGCUAUUUCUGCACUCAUUUGUGGUUUACUUAGUACUUGGUUAUCUGCUUCGAUUGCUGGUAUGCUUAUCUAA